CUCUAUCAAAAAUGGGAAGGUCUAAACGCAAACACCAAGCUAAUAACGAGAGUAAAAGAGGACACUACAAACGAGAUCACGAUUACGUUGAUUACUCCGACAUAGAAGCGAACGACAUGUAUGAGGACGAUCACAUUUCAAUAGCCUCAUCCUCAGAAGGGGAAUACGUUAGCUCAGACUCAGCCUCCGAUUCGAUUUCCAACAAGGAAGAAGACUUCAUUUCUUUAGGCACAGAAGUAGUGGAUGAGCGCAGUAGACAGCAAAGACGUUUCGAAGAAAGAGCUGAUUUGAAGCGUAAAAGAAAGGAAGAUGAAGACACCUCCUGGGAGUCUGAUGUCUGUUACCCUUGGAUGGAACUUAUGGGAAAUAACCGUUUAAAACAACCUGUCUCAGCGAGCCGAUUAUUACAGCGUGAAGUGUCAUGUCUCUUACAAUAUCUCGAACCGACCAAAAUUGAAAUACGACUUCGAGAAUAUUUAGUCCAUCGCAUCAGAUCAGUAAUACAAGAAAAAUGGCCUGGAUCUAAGGUCGAUGUAUUCGGCAGUUUCUCCACACAAUUAUAUUUACCCAAUAGUGAUAUCGAUCUUGUUGUUCGAAUUCCUCCAUCCACAAAAGUGAGACUCAGAAGAAUUGCUUCUUGUUUAGAGCAAGAAGAUAUUUGUCGCGAUCCUCAAGUAAUUGAGGGUGCUUCGGUUCCUGUUAUUAAAUUUGAAGAUAUUAUGACCAAACUUAAAGUAGAUAUUAUUUUGGAUUCAACAUCUGGAAUAGAUAGUGCUACAGCAAUUCAAGGAAUGCUUAAAAAAUACCCAGGAUUACGACCUUUAUCACUGAUAGUUAAGUAUUUAUUAAUGCUUCGUAACCAAAAUGAAGUGUUUACAGGUGGUUUAGGUGGAUAUGCCGUAGUGUGUCUUGUAGUAAGCUUCUUACAGAUGCACCCAAAAGUUGCCUCUGGUCAAAUAGAUCCAAUGCAAAACUUGGGUGUUUUAUUAUUAGAUUUCUUUCAAUUAUAUGGACUUAAUUUUAAUUUGGAUUAUGUUGGAAUCAAUGUCAAAGGAACCGGAUCAUAUUAUGACAAAUCUCACGUUGUAUGUAGAAAUGGCAAAGCCGUGUUCUCUAUUACAGAUCCACAAGAUUCGCACAACGAUAUCGGUAUGAAGUCAUAUAAUUCCGGAAGCAUUAUUCGAUCUUUCAAGUAUGCAUAUCUAGCAAUGACCAGAAAAGCUUUUCAGUUGCAAGAAGAAUUAAGAUCCAAUAACUAUACGCAGCUUGAUAGAAGCACUUUAGAAAGUCCAAAGAGAGCCUCCAUUCUUGGAUCGUUUCUUCAUAUAUCCGCAGAUUUUAUGAAACAAAGAGAGUUAAUGAAUACUGUGUACGAAGAGAAAAGAUGGGACGAUCAGGCUGCUGCUAGUUCAUUCAAUUUCGAAUAAAGAAUCACGCACACAUACAGUGCACCCAGUAAAUUUUACAAAGGAAAACAAUUCUGCUUUAUAUAUUAAUGCGUCGUUCUUCGCCGUUAUAAAAAAACGCCUUCCAUGACACAUUCCGAGCCCACAUACAAUCAUAAGACGCUUCAUCCGUGUAUUGAUGCUACUGCCGAGCAUCUGCCCAAAUGAAUGAUAAUUCGACUCCAUUAAAUCAAAAGAAUCACAAAUAAAGCUGCCCAUCUUUUUUUUUUCACGUCUGUUCCUUCGAAUAUAUACUGAGACUACAAUCCUUGAUUACAUUGGUUUACGAUGCGCGUACUCCAUAAAAACUG